AUGGUUGAACCGAAAAUGAAACGUAAAAAGGAGGAAAUUGCUGAAGAAAAGAUGGACCCCGAUGCGCAAAUAUCGAUACGUUUCCUCGGGGAAAACGGAAACGAACUUGGAGGCUCGGGCAUCGUCAUUCCAGUGGGUAUAUCGGUGGAAAACUUGCAGCAGCUGUGCAAUCAACUACUCGACACCGGCGACGAUCCAUUGCCGAUUUCGUUUUUCACCGAAGAUGGCGUCGAGAUUCGCGAGUCGAUAAAUCAAUCACUCGAGAAAGUCGACCAGGAAAAGGUUCUGACGCUCGUCUACGCGCCACAGGCCGUUUUUCGCAUCUACCCGGUGACGCGGUGUUCGUCGUCGAUUCCCGGACACGGAGAGCCGAUCAUUUCUGCGCAAUUCAGCCCCGACGGGAAUGGACUGGCUAGCGGCUCCGGCGAUUGCACUUUACGAAUUUGGGACACUCAAACUGAGCUUCCGCUCUACACUUGCAAAGGUCACAAAAAUCAUGUCCUUUGCGUCUCUUGGUCGCCGAAUGCCGAGAAAAUCGCGUCUGCGUGUCGCAAUGGACAGAUAAUGUUAUGGAAUCCGAAAAACGGUGAGCAAAUCGGGAAAACGUUAACGGGACACAAGCAAUGGAUUACGAGCCUGGCUUGGGAGCCGCUGCAUAAGGAUUCGACUAGCAGACACCUCGCCUCAGCCGGGAAAGACGGAAACAUUCGAAUUUGGGACACGGUGAAGGGGUUGACGGUGCGCACUUUGAGCGGGCACACAGCAUCGGUGACAUGUCUCCGAUGGGGUGGGCAAGGAUUGAUUUACACUGGAUCACAGGAUCGAACAGUUAAAGUGUGGCGAGCCGAUGAUGGGGUUAUGUGUCGCAAUUUGACAGGUCAUGCUCAUUGGAUCAAUACGCUGGCGUUAAACACGGACUAUGUACUUCGGACGAGUUGUUUUGACCCGGCGAAUCACUGCGCAAAACCGGAAGACGACAAGAAGGCUCAAGAAAUCGCUGAUCGUCGAUAUAACGAAGUGCUACGUAUUUGUGGUGGAGAGCGCUUGGUUUCUGGAUCUGAUGAUUUCACGAUGUUCCUCUGGAAUCCGAGUGAGAGUAAGCAACACAUCGCACGCCUCACCGGACAUCAACAACUCGUUAAUCAAGUGGUUUUCUCCCCGGACACACGCACGGUUGCCUCCGCGUCUUUUGACAAAUCGAUCAAGUUGUGGUGCGGAAGAACGGGGAAAUAUCUGAGCUCGUUGCGCGGACACGUGCAAGCCGUUUAUCAAAUUGCCUGGUCGGCUGACAGUCGUCUUCUCGUUUCUGGCUCGGCCGAUUCGACACUUAAAAUCUGGGACAUUCGCUCGAAACGAUUGAUGUUCGAUUUGCCCGGCCAUGGUGACGAGGUCUAUACGGUCGAUUGGAGUCCCGAGGGAACAAAAGUUGUCUCUGGUGGAAAGGACAAAGUGCUCAAACUUUGGCGACAA